AUGAAGGUCAGAAGAUGCCAGUCUCUGGGUUACUGGGAACCCUGUACUGUAUCUGUGGAGAACAGCACCAAGGUGAAUGAGUUUAGGCUCUUGGGACUGAAUGACAGCCCAGAAAUGCAAGUCCCUCUUUUCAUAACAUUCACUUUCAUUUAUCUUGCUACUCUCAUUGGAAAUCUUGGGAUGAUCACGUUGAUUCUGUUGGACUCUCGCCUCCACACUCCCAUGUAUAUUUUCCUCAGUAACCUCUCUCUGGUGGACUGUGCUUACUCCUCGGCUGUUUCUCCCAAGGUGAUGGCUGGGUUUCUCACAGGGGAUAAAGUCAUCUCCUAUGGUGGAUGUGUUGCUCAGAUGUUCUUCUUUGUGGCUUUUGCCAGUGUAGACUGUUUCCUGUUAGCUGCCAUGGCUUAUGAUCGGCAUGCUGCAGUAUGUAAACCCUUACAUUAUACCACUUCUAUGACCACGAGCUUGUGUGCUCAAAUGGCAGUAGGCUGCUGUGCCUGGGGCUUUGUUGAAUCUGUUAUCCACACUGGAUUCACCUUCUGCCUCUCCUUCUGCCAUUCCAAUGUGGUCCAUCAUUUUUUCUGUGAUAUCCCCCCAAUUCUGGCUCUCUCCUGCUCUGAUAUCUAUAUAAGUGAGAUUGUACUCUUUAUAUUAGCAGCUUUCAAUGUCUGUUUUGCCCUUAUAGUUAUCUUGACCUCCUAUCUGUUCAUCUUCGUUGCCAUCCGGAGGAUGCGCUCAGCUGAGGGAAGGAAGAAAGCCUUCUCUACCUGUGCUUCACACUUCACUGUUGUAACCAUCUUCUACGGGACUGUCAUGUUCAUGUACUUACAACCCAAUUCUAGUCAUUCUAUGGACAAUGAUCAAAUGGCAUCUCUGUUCUAUACAAUAAUAGUCCCCAUGUUGAACCCCAUUGUCUAUAGUCUGAGGAAUAAAGAGUUGAAUAAUGUUUUCAGGAAAACCGCUAAGAAACUGAAGAUUCUGUUCAACCCAUAG